AUGCCAGCUCCGCAGCCAGGAUUUCACUGGUGCCAGGUGCCGACUGCGGUCUUCGGCGUGGCGUCUGGCCCACAGACCCAGGCAUCCCUUCCUGAGGCAGCUUCUUCUUGGAAGGACUCCUCCCGGUGGCAAGAACAGUCCACCCCAUGGAAGAGCCAGCAGUCUUCAUGGGGCAAAGGUUGGGGGCAUUCCAAGAACUACGGCUCCAGCAGCUCGUGGCAGGGCUCUGGAGGGAAUCGGCGUGAGAAGUGGGACAAGCCCAAAGGCUGGAACAAGUGGCCCAAGCCUGAGCAAAAGCCGGCUAAGGAGCAGUAUGGGCGAGGGGCUGCCCCCAAGGAGGAGGAGCCGGAGACUCUCCUCGACCCAGUUAUGGCUGGGAUUUUUGGCGCCCGGCAGCAGGGGCCGCCUGAGAGGCCCGACUCUGCAUUCAACGUUGCGGAGGCGACGGAGGAGGAAGUUCAAGCGGCGGCCAAUCGCAAGGCUGAGCGCGAAGAAGAAGGGUUCCACAGUCAGCUCUGGCAAGGGGCGAUCGCUAAGGCCCUCGCAGACCCCUCGCGACCCAAGUGCGCCCGAGAACUGAUGCGUGAGGGCAUCUUGCGCAGCUGGUGGAACAUGUCCUGGAAGGACGCCCGAGGCCUGAUUGACGGGACCUUGGUGGACGAGUAUCGCGAUCGGUUGAUGCUGUACAUGGCAAAGUACAAGAAUCCCACCGAGGUGCCGCAGCCGAUUGUCGAGCGCUGUGCAUGCUUGUUCGCGUGGUUCAAGCAGAACUCCAGGCCGCUGGACAUUGAAGGGGACUUCGAUGCGAUCAUGUUCGCAGUGCCAGGGCAGAAAGUGCUGUGCUUUCGCACAAAGCUGACAGGGCCAUCCUUCCUGGAGCCCGCAAACCACCGCUACACGAUGACAAUGUCCCACGGCUUGCCGUGGACAGCAGCCGUGGGUGUGGGCGAGUAUGGGGAGAUAACCCCGGGAGACUUCACGGACGGCGACUUCCCGUCCUACGGAUUCAGCGGCCGAGGGGUCUGCAAUGACUCCGGCUUUGAAGGUAUCAAAGCCUCAAUCUCCAAGGUGGCUGCAAGAGCCAAAGGAAGGGACGUCAUCUUCUCGAUGGAAGGGCUCCUGCAGGAGAAUACGCAGGUGGAGGGGGGCAUGCCGGCACUGAAUGUGCCUUCUGACAGCGAGUCGGAAGGCCAAGAAGUUAACCAGCAUCGUGUUGCUCAGGUCCUGAUUUCCGCAGGACCACCGAAUGUGCAACUCCCCUGGGAACAAGGAGUUUUCAGGGACAUCUUCGCACCUAGACCAGUGGUGUCACUGGACUGGCCAGAGCCCAAGGUUCUUGUCAAUGUGGAUGAAGCCGAACUAUCGUCUACACCAGGUCCCAGCGUUUUGCAAGACAAAGACAAGACGCCAAUCGCAGGUGUCUUCAGCUCCUCACCGGGAGCCAAUGUUUUCAGCAAAGUGAUCAAGUGCAAAAAGAAAGAUGAGCCUUUUGAGGAGGCUGUUGCAGGCAUGUGGUUGAAGAACAUGCAGAUGUGGAAACAGCUGUUCGAGGCCUCCCCGUCCACCACUUUUGCCAAAACAUUACAGGAAUUGGACGAAGAGGAGAAGAUGUUGAAGAAGGGCAAGCUGGCACCUCAGAGCGUGGUACAAGCGUUGAAGUUUGUGAAAUUUGUGCUUUCCAUUCCAGAUGUGGAGAAUUCCAUCUCCCCCAGGGUCCAAGGCUUGGCCGACCGAGUGGCAGGCGAGCACGAGCCCACACAUCAAGCCCGGGACCUAACAGUACUUGAAGUUAGGUUUCUGGAAGAGUGUGUUUGGAACGCGGAGCUCCACAUUGUCGAUCGAUUUGCAGCAGGAGUAUUCCUGUUUCAGAUCUUCAGCAGGAACCGUUGGUCGGACAUCAGGCACGUGCGAUCCUUGGAGUUCGAUUUUCUGGAGAUUGGCCCCGAAAUUUGUGGUUUUCUGGAAGGCAGGGCCAGAGAGGUGAAACAGUCCAACAAGAAGAAGAAACUCUCGUUGUUCAUGCCCCUUGUGGCUCCAGAAUGGCAGAAAGUGGCUGCCGAAGCAGGGAUCGUGCUCUCGAAGACCCCUGUAGGCCCUUUACUACCGGCCACCGCCCCAGACGGUGCCUGGCUGCAGAGGUCCAUCGACUCCGCCGAGGCCUCCAACUGGCUGACGGGACUGCUAAGGAACCGCGACCCCUCAACAGCGAGGGUUACCACACAUUCCUUGAAACACACUGCUCUGGGCUGGUUGAGCAAAUACGGCAUUGCGGGCGAAACACAGACACUCUUGGCACAUCACUCUACUGGAGCUUUGAGUACAUUAGCUUACUCAAGAGACGCCCUUAGUGGCCCCCUCCGGCAGCUGGAAGAAAUGCUAAAGCAGGUACGGGAGGGCUCGUUUUGCCCGGACGCUACUCGAAGUGGAUACUUUGCCCGUGCCCAAGGAUCAGAGGCAGGUGCGUCUGUUGACCUCGGGUCCUGGUUGCCGAUCAGCAAGGCAGGCAGCUUAGAUGGGCUGCCCGCGAACUCCGAAAGCACGCGUGAGCCUUUGCCAGCUACAGUGGAAGACUUUGAGGACGAUUUCCUGGGGGUUGGACCGCUUUGCUCCUCGCAAGGGAAGGUUUUUGAGUCACCAAGUGCCAUGCCUGUCUUGGAAGCAUCUGCACCGUCGGUAGCGGAAGGAGACGAAUCCCCCUCGAAAGAAAGUGAGGAAUUAGACAGGUUGGCUACCGUGACUUCUGGGCUUUGCGAGGCGUUGUUCGAUAAGGACGACAUACAAGGUGCAGAUGAUAACGAGGAGGCAGAGAUCUCGCCCACCACAUCAGCAGACGGGUCCUCCGAGGAAACCUCUGAUGGAGCCUCGUCGGAAGAAAAGGAGGAACCAGCUUCGUCCCUGAGCCUACCGGAGGGUUGGAGUGCGAUCCAGAACAAGAAGUCUACCAUGUUACAUCUGUACAAAGUAGCGGAUAGUCAGCCUUUCUUCGAGCAACAUGCUCGCAAGAUCGGAAUGGAGCAGCCACUCUUGGACAAAUUCAUAGCUGGAGGGGUCAAGACGGUGUCCAUGGCAGCCUAUGCCGCCACUCAACCGGGUCAACCUCUCACAGAUAGGGAGGUCUCCACUCUAUGUACGGGUCUGGGGCAGAACAACCCCACUCUUGCACAGAUGACGGUUGUCAAGAGGCUCCUGUUCGAGUGCCAGACCAUGAGCUUGGCAAACUUGAAGGCGACCGUGGAACAGCAGCCGGACUCAGUCCUACGUAAGCUGCCAGGAGCUGAGAGAGCCCAGCGCCUGGAAUUGCAGGCUCAAAGGCUGGGCGGACUCUCGAUUGAGCAUGACUUGGAGCCCGCCUUUUCAGUAUAUGAUGCCGUGUCGACACAGGUAGAGCAAGGGUCGCUGAAAUACCUGCACCCGAGCAAGAUCCCCACGCGUCGCCAGGAAUUGGCGCAAGGCAAGCCAACCAGGGAACUUGUGCUGGAUGCUUCGGGGGAUGGCCUCUCGGGUCAAGACAAAUCCUCUAAAGUAGAGGCCCAGUUGGGGUCAGACAUGGCGACUUACAGGGCGUUGCAGAGACGGGGUCUGGCCUACGACCUCGUUGGCAUUUUGAGUUUCAAGGUGCACGAGAAAUGGCUUCAGAAGGCCUUUGCUACCUUGCAGACCCCACCGCCCCCAGGUUUCAACCGUCCGACGCUGCAGCAGGUCCUGCGAGCAGAUCGGGCCUUGUGGAUGGAGCUUGGCAGCAAACAGCCGACCCUGACAAGGGCAGCGGCGAACGCGCCGCUCGCGGACGCCCGGUGCUUAGAUCAAGUCUUUCUGGAAGCCACCAACACGGGUUUGAAGGUGAAGAUGCUAUGCGCUCAGCAGUGUGCUCGCUUGCACAUCCGGCUUGUCAGUACCGUCCUCUUCGCGAGGCGGACGAUGACAGACCUCUGCGUGCUGCUUGUGGUAUACGUGGCUGUUCAUCAGCCGGUGCGCUUCAAAGAAGCUCGGAAAUUCCUCAAGGCUUUCGCCUUUGUCUCAAGUUUGGAUGUUCUCGUGACGCGCCUCUGCCUGCGACCACGCCUGGUUCGGCUGAGGCCUCUCCCCGUGCGCGCUUGCCGGGAGAGAUGGCUGAUCCGGUGCCCUGAGAAUGUCCGACGGUCUGAAGAGAUCCUGUCGUAUGCUUGGCAGCACGCUUGCUGCCUGCUCUUUUCCUUUUGGGAAUUUUCCGCUGCCGAUGAAUCUUUUCGGCCUGGCGCAUGGAGUCAUUUUCUGGAUUGCGCGCCUGCUCCAGAAUGA